CCACCGCGCGUCUCGCUUCCGCUAAACCUCUCCGGCCAUGGAAGCCUUCGCCGCCGCCGCCCCCGCGGCCGGCGUGUUCGCGGGAGCCGGCGCCGCCGUGAGACCCGCCGUCACGCUCCGCCGCCGCGGCAGCAGCAGAGGGGCCGGGCGGGUGCGCCUCGUCCGCGCGCGCGCCGGCGGCGAGGACGGAGGGGACCUGCCGCCGCUGGACAAGUGGGACAUGAUGGAGCUCGAGUUCGGGCGGUUCCUCGGGGAGGACCCCAAGCUCACCCUCGCCAAGAUACUGCUGAAGAAGUCAGACCCAGAUGCAUCAUCCCUCGAUGUAGAUAAACUAGUUGCCAGCAAAAAGGACAGGUUGGAUGUUAUUUUGAAGGAGUUCAUGGAAGCUAAUAAGCAGGACAAGGCUUCCACCACAGAGGAGGCAGUCAGCAAUCCAGUGAGAGCCCAACAACCUCUGGGUGUUCCAAGGCCUGCACUGAGCAAACCAAAGCUAGACGAGGCUUCUUUGAGCUUGCUACGGCCAGUAGGAAGCAAACCGAAGCGAGUGGAGCCGCCUUUGUCUCUGCAAAGACCAGCAGUGAGCAAUGUAAAGGUAAAUAAGCCUUCUUUGACCUUGAUGCGACCAAUGGGGAGCAAACCAAGAGCACAAGCAAAGCUGGUGCAAGAUAGUUGGCCUAGCAAGGAGAGUUUAGCUGCAGGAACAGAGUCAGGUGAGAAUGGAAGCACCUCAACAGAUGAUAAUGUGGACGUCACCCUGCGCAAACCCACCGUGCAUCAGAGUGAAGAUGAUGAACCAGAGCUGAAGACGAAACCAGAUGUCAACUUGAAAAUGAGGAAAGAUAUGGAUGAGGAUUUAUCCAACAUUUCUCUUCUUCAAAAGCCAGAGGCCACAAAAGAUACUGCUGCUGCACUUGCCUCUGCUGGCUCUGCCUCAAUUGGCGCUGGAGAGGAUACUGAUGAACGUGAGGCAGGACUACAACCAUCUGAGGAAAGUUUAAUUCAACAAGUAGACACUUCUCCUCUGGAGAACCAAUCAGUGACCAGCAAUAAUUUCUCUAUGCAAGCUUUCUUGCAAGGAAGGCCGAGGAAAGACCUGUCUGUUGAAACAUUGCCAUCACAAGUGGAUGCUGGGAAAAAUGCUGAUAGUGAUGAAGAUAAAAAAAGUUUUGUUGACGAUGGAGGGAAUGUCUUAGCAUCAACAUUGGAGGACAUCACUGAGAGUGACUGGGCAAGGCUAGAGCAUUAUGCAAGUACUGGAGAAAGGGUUGAGGUGGAGCUAAUUAACUGCAGUGCGAAGGGAUUUGUCGUGUCACUCGACUCAAUGAUAGGUUUCUUACCAUAUCGUAAUCUUGCUACAAAAUGGAAAUACUUAGCUUUUGAGACUUGGUUAAGAAGGAAGGGUGGUGAUCCUUCAUUGUAUAAGCAGAGUAUGAGCAUGGAGGAAGGUUCUGAGGUUAAUGAUAGGAGCAUAGAAGAAGAAUCUAGCUCAGUUUCAGAAGUAGCUCAUCAGGAUCAAGGAACUCUGCAGUCUAGGCUGAAGUUUGAAGAACUUCUCCGAACAUACGACGAAGAGAAAUCCAAGUUCUUAUCAUCAUUCAUUGGUCAAAGGCUCCGAGUAUCAGUUGUCCUGGCUGACAGGAAUUCCAAGCGACUAUUUUUCUCUAUGAGGCCAAAAGAAAGUGACGAGUUGAUUCAGAAAAGGAAAAGUCUGAUGGCUAGGCUUAAUGUUGGAGAUAUUGUCACAUGCACCAUAAAGAGAUUUGUUUACUUUGGGAUAUUUGUUGAGGUUGAAGAAGUUCCCGCACUGAUUCAGCAGUGGGAAGUGUCCUGGGAUGAGACCUUAGAUCCAUCAGUUUCAUACAGAAUUGGUCAGGUUGUUGAUGCUAAAGUUAUUCAACUGGAUUUCAACAAUAGCCGCAUCUUUUUGUCACUUAAAGAUGUAAAGCCAAGUCCGCCAGUAGGGGCCUUGGAGCCAGUCAUUGGCGAUGAAGAGUCACUUGAUGGUUCUCUUGAACCUGCACAGGCAGACUUUGAGUGGCCUGAGGUGGAUUCCCUGAUCGAGCAGCUGAAAAACAUUGAGCAAGUUAAAGAUGUGUACAAAGGAAGGUUCUUCCGUAGCCCAGGAUUAGCUCCAACGUUUCAGGUAUACAUGGCAUCUUUGGUUGGCCGCAAAUAUAAGGUCCUUGCCCGGUAUGGAAACAAUGUGCAAGAGGUGAUGGUGGAGACAUCAUUGGACAAAGAAGGGCUGAAAGAGGCAAUUUUGAUGUGCACUAAUAGAGUGAGCUGAUCAUCGGAGUCUCCGUGCUGGGACUGCACACGGCCAGUUUUUAUGAGAUCAUUUUAAGGUCUGAAAGCUUAUAGCUAACUUGAACCCGUCGGAGGUGAAGAGACUCCCGUAGAACAGUCUGCCAGCUGGAUGACUGUCGGUUUCGACCACUUUGUAAAUCUCUGGGUCUUUUCCCCUUGUAUAAACUUCUAUGGAGGUUCCAUGGUCCGAACGGGGCAACACACCUGCGAAUCAUUAACCGAGAGACAGAACUUGGAGAGCUGUUAUCUAAACGUAGUUUAACGUCUAAGUUGGCUUUACAUUUUGAAA